AUGCUAAACUGUCUCAACUGUCUCAAGCAUCACCAUCUGUCUCGCUGCAUUUUCCAUCCAAACGACAUUUUAAUUGGACCCUUCUUCUUCACCACCCUGCCACCAGGUCUGUCCGCCCGUUGUGCCAUGAAGGAGAAAAGCAAAAAUGCGGCCCGUUCGCGGCGAGAGAAAGAAAAUGUGGAAUUUUUGGAGCUUGCCAAACUGUUACCACUACCCAGUGCCAUCACAUCCCAGCUGGAUAAAGCGUCAAUCAUACGACUCACCACCUCGUACCUGAAAAUGCGACAAAUCUUCCCUGAAGGACUAGGGACAGCAUGGGGGACAGACCGCAACCAUCAGCCGAAUGGCCGUGCCGCGAAUAUCAAGGAGCUCGGUUCACAUCUGCUACAGACACUGGAUGGUUUCAUUUUUGUCGUUGCGCCCGACGGAAAGAUCACGUACAUCUCCGAAACAGCAUCCGUGCAUCUUGGGCUCAGCCAGGUGGAGCUUACUGGCAACUCGAUAUAUGAGUACAUUCAUGCGUACGAUCAGGAAGAAAUGGCAUCGAUUUUAGCGCUACAGCAACCACAUCAUCCUUUGGCGUGCAGUGCGCCACACAAUCUUCCCACAAGUUCUACGUCCCUGAAUUCACCAAACUCACUUGGAACUCCUUGGACUGGGACAUUUCAAGUUGGGUCGUCAGCCACGGACUCUGGUUACAAUGAAGCUUCUUCCGAGGCACCCGUUACACUUGCCUCUUGCCAACAGCAGCAGCAUCAGCAGCAGCAGCAGCAGCAGCAACAGAACCACCAGUACUAUGUGCCUUCUAUACCGCAAGCUGUAAAGUGCGAAUCCACGCAAAUACAUUGCCAGCAGAAUCAUCAUCAACCGAACCAUCGGCACAGCUACAGCCAACACCAGCGAUCGUACGUUGUCGACAUGGAGCGCAACUUCUUCCUGCGAAUGCGAUGCGUUUUGGCAAAACGCAAUGCAGGACUCACCUCAUCCGGUUAUAAGGUUAUUCACUGUUCUGGCUACUUGAAAGCGCGUGUCUUUCCCCACGAAUCACUCAACACACCCGGGUACUGUUGUGUGCAAAAUCUUGGUCUAGAGGCCGUUGGUCACUCGCUGUCUCCGUCAGCGGCCACGGAAGUGAAAUUGCAACAAAACAUGUUCAUGUUCCGCGCAAGUUUGGAUAUGAAACUGAUUUAUCUGGAUGCAAAAGUUUCACAACUCACAGGAUACGAGCCCCAGGAUCUAAUCGAAAACACGCUAUACCAGUACAUCCACGCCUCGGACGUUGUCCAAGUAAGGCAAACCCAUCAGACGCUUUUACAAAAAGGUCAAGCCACUACCAUGUACUAUCGCUUUCUCACCAAAGCAGGAGGAUGGCGAUGGGUGCAAUCACAUGCCACGAUUGUACACAACACGCGUUCUUCGCGACCGCACUGUAUCGUUAGCGUCAACUAUGUUCUGAGGUAUGAAUCCUUUUUCCUAUUGCGCUGGAAACGUAAAAAGUUACGAUAUUUGUAUCUAACUAACUCUGCAAUUACUUUAACUGCGUACUUUCAGUGA